AUGAAGCUCUACCUCAAUGAACGGCCCCGAACCUUCAUUGUCACCAGUGAUACCCAUGCUCUCAUUAUCAGGCAUCCGUACCCCAAGUACAAAGGGUCUCACCACCUCCAUCUCCAUCUGAAGUCCCAUGGUAGCGGGUCCUCGGGCUCGUCAGCAGCUAACGCCACCAGCACCAAGGUGAUCGUGGAAUUCGUCAACAAAUCCUACAUCAACUUCAGCAACUUCAAAGAUAUCACCCCCAGCAAGUCCAGACACAACAAGGAGAUUUUGGGGUUCCUAGGCCUCUUAAACGUGGGUGCCAACAUCUACCUCGGAUUCAUCACCCGUGAGUUGACGGUGGCAUGCCCCACGGUAGGAGAAAACAUCAACAAGAUCGCAGCUGUGGACUUCUUCUGCUUAAACAACGACGAAUGGGACCACCUCCACGGCUCAAGCGACGACAUCCCCCAGACCAGCCAGAACUCACAAGCACAGGCUCAGGAACGGGACAAAAGUGGCGAAUACCCGGUCAACUCAGUGCGCAAGCUACUUUCCUCGGGAGCAUUCUUCUACUCCAGGGACUUCGAUGUCACUUCCAACGUCCAGGAACGUGGCUUGAACCGCAGCGAGUCGGAUGCCCAGUUCACCUUGCUUGCAGACUCUGCGUUCUUUCAGCGAUUCAUGUGGAACUGGUUCAUGAGCUCAGAAUUGAUUGAGUUCCGUAAUCGUCUAUCGUUGCAUGAACAGAUCAUUUUUGAUUCCUCAGGAUUUUUGGUGACAAUCACAAGAGGAUUCGCAAAGACCUUGAACACCCAAGUUUCAGACACUGAAGAAGGUCUAAUCACCAUUAUCUCAAAACAGGCAUGCAUAAAAAACGGACCGUUGUUCGGAGACUGGGGCUGUGACGACGAAGGCUCGGUAUCCAACUUCGUCGAAACAGAACUCAUCAUAUACACCCCAAAGUUUUGCUUCGCAUAUGUCAUAGUAAGAGGAAAUGUUCCCGUUUAUUGGGAAUUGGAGAAUAACUUUUCCAAAAAGAAUAUCAUAUCCUCCAAAAAGAGCAGAAAAGUGGUGUUCCCAAGAUCAUUCGAAACUAGUCAACAUGCAUUCACCCGUCAUUUCGCUCAAUUAGCAUCGCAAUAUGGCGAAGUGCACAUCAUAAACUCACUAAGUGCCGAUUCGAAAAACUACAAGAGCCAGUUGAAUGAUGCCUUUGAAAACCACGUGAAUUUUUUCAAUGUGAAUCGUGAAGAGGAAUCUAAUUCUGGGUCAACCGACCAAAUGAGAACGGAUAUGUUCCCAUUGAACUAUAAACUAGGUUACACACCAGUCCCAAUCUCUACGGCAUCCAUGAAAAAAAAUGGGUAUAAUGCUGCGAACCCACAUGAAAUAGUAAAAAAACUCGAAGAUGCCGUUAUUGAUUAUGGUGCAUUAUUCUAUGAUAUUUCGAAGCAGAAUUACACCGGUAAGCAAUUGGGAAUUUUUAGAGUCAAUUCUUUCGAUAAUUUGAGCAAGGCUAACUACAUUUCAAAAAUUAUUUGUCAGGAAGUUAUUGAAUUAGCGUUCAGAGAUAUCAAAAUCAGAUUGAACCCUGACCUCUUGGUAAAGCAUGCAAAAUUAUGGUCUGAGAAUGAGGACUAUCUCUGCAAGAUCACACUCAACUUCAUUUCAUCGACAUGGGCCCCAAGGGCCACCUCGAAGAAGUCCGUCAAGUCUGCAUUUACCAAAAAGUAUCUCAGUGGUGUUGUCGACUCUAAGCCCAGCGAGCUGGCUAUGCUAAAGCUCUUGGGACGAUUACAAGAUCAAGUUACCGUAACAUUACACAACCCCAUUCAUGACUAUGUUCAAAAAGCAUUAAAUCAAAGGUCAAAAGAGUACAGUUCCUACAAAGAUAUCUCUUUGUUUGCUUCUACAUUUAAUGUUAAUGGUGUCUGCACAGACGAUGACAUCAAAAAUUGGAUUUUCCCCAAGAGCAAGUACAAAAUUGAGAAAUCAUAUGAUGUGGUUUUCGUGGGUUUUCAAGAGAUUGUUGAACUAAGUGCUGGUCAGAUGGUCAAUACACAAUCAGAUAACCGAAUCCAAUGGGAAAAGAAAAUCAAAAAGUGUUUGAAUGACACCAACCCAGAGAACCAGAAAUAUGUAUCAUUAUGGAAUGGACAAUUGGGUGGUAUUGCAUUGCUAUUGUUCGUGAAAGAAACAGAAUUAAAUUACAUCACCAACUUAGAGGGCUCAUUUAAGAAAACUGGAUUAGGAGGAAUGAGUUCGAAUAAAGGAGGGGUUGCUGUCAGCUUCACAUAUUCAAAUACUGAGGUGUGUUUGGUCACGUCGCAUUUAGCGGCAGGUUUAAGCAAUAUUGAUGAGAGACACCAUAAUUAUAAGACCAUCAUAAAGGGGAUCAAAUUUUCCAAAAACAGAAGAAUCAAAGACCAUGAUGUUGUCAUUUGGUUGGGAGACAUGAAUUAUAGAAUCGGGCUUCCUAAGGAACAAGUGAAACCACUCAUUGAAAAGAAGGAGUUCAACAAGUUAUUUGAGUAUGAUCAGUUGAACCGGCAAAUGGCAGCUGGAGAGAGUUUUCCAUUCUUUGAUGAAAUGGAAAUCAGAUUUGCGCCCACCUACAAGUUUGACAACGGUACCAAAGUGUACGACACAAGUGAAAAGCAAAGAAUUCCAGCGUGGACUGAUAGAAUUCUUUCCAGAGGUAAAGACAUAAAGCAAUUAGUGUAUGAUUGUGAUGAUGAUUUGAUCUUUUCUGAUCACCGUCCGGUGUACUCUAUAUUCAAGGUUUCAGUCCAUAUGAUCAACCAGUCUAUCAAGAAGAACUUGUCAAACAGCUUGUAUGAGAGUUACAGGAAAGAAUAUGGCGGCAUCAAUGAAAUUUUGAACAGCACCAACAACCUUUCAUUUUUGAUAGAUGAUGAUGAAAAGGGCUUGCCUGCACCAAGCUCAGAGAGCAAGAAGUGGUGGAUUGAUGGUGGUCACCCGGCGAAAGUGACCAUUCCUGAACUCAACGAAGAGGCACUCGAUGGUGAUACCAAGAUCAUCAACCCCAGAUUUCCCGUGAAUCCUUUUGAUGACACGGAUGAGCCAGAAUUCAUAAAGAAAAGUGAGUUAAUGGAGAUGAUCAAACAGACGUGA